AUGAAGGGGGGUGCUGCUGCUGUGUUGUGGCAGCUGUGGCUGGUUGUCGUACUGAUGUGGUUUUGUUGUCGUCGUCGAGGAAAGAAAGAAAAGAUUGAAUGCCAGGGAGGAGUUUAUGUCUUGGAAUCAGAAAAGGCAUGGAGUACGCAGAAUGUAAUAAGAAAAUGGGUGGACCUUAUGCUGCCACUUGUUUUAAGAGGAAGUCAACGAGGUCUCCUCAUUUGGGACUCUGCAAGCACUCAUCGUGCAAAGGAUAUGAAAAACUUCUUGGCAGAAAGAAGGGUUGAUCAGGUUAUGAUCCCAGCAGGGAUGACAGCUUACCUCCAGACCUUGGACAUUGCAAUAAACAAGCCUUUCAAGGAUUACCUCAGACUUGAAAUCAAUGAUUAUAUUGAGAAUAGGAUGUCAAGGAACAAAAAUAACAACUUCGUGAAGCCUAAUCUGCAGGAGGUAGUCUCUUGGGUAAGGAAUGCAUGGGGCAAAGUCACUGAUAGCUGUGUUGCAAAGGCUCUGAAAGCAGGGUACUUGGACAAAACAUCGCCAUUUGAAGCGAGCUACAUCGCAAAACACGAUAGAUUGGAACCUAUGAUACUGAAGGAGCUGGAGUCAAAUGAAAUCUUGGCUGGAAUUCAAGGUCUUGAUCUGGAAGAAAAUGAUGAUAUCCCAGAAGAUGAUGAUCUUAUUGUAUUUGAAUAA